AAAAUUGACCUGUGCGGCACCAGCGGUAAGAGCUGACGGCACAUAGCCAGUGAGAAAGGAGUGUCGGCCUUAUUGGGAGUCUAAAGAGGAAGACUUCCUCGUGCUCUGAAGCAAAACGGGCAUUUCUUGAAAGCAGAAUUUGCAGGAAAAGGAACUCGAGGGAUGGCAAAGAUGGCCGGCCCCGCUGCUGCAGAUUCUGAUCCCAUUGGAAAAGAACUCGAUGAAUGCAAAGAGCUGUUAAUCGACAUACCACUUGCUCUGGAGCCUCCUCUUUGGCCGGAGUGCUGCAUCUACAGGGUUCCCAAGAGACUUCGGGAGAUAAAUGAAAAGGCAUACACCCCGAGGCUCGUUUCGAUUGGCCCAUUUCACCACCGCCGAGAAGAACUGAGGAACAUGGAAAUGCAAAAACUGAGAUAUUUGAGGGAUUUCUGUUACCGAACUCGGACGAGCCACGAGGAUCUUGCAGCCAACAUCCAGCGAAGCGAAGUGAAAAUUCGCCGUUGCUAUUCAGAGACCUUCGAGCUCAGCAGUGAAGAGUUUGUAAAGAUGAUACUGUUGGAUGCUGUCUUUAUUAUUGAGCCUUUCUUGAGGAAAUCUGAAAUUUUAACGGAGCAUAAAGACCAUAUAUUACAUCAACCGUGUAUGGAACGAGGUAUAAGGUCUGACCUGAUUCUACUUGAGAAUCAGCUCCCCUUUUUCGUUCUUGAGAAUUUGUUCACCUUAGUCCCCAAACCCCAAGUCUCUUCCGGUUGCAAAAAUCAUAAAGAAGGCCAGCAAACUGAGGAGCUCAAAGAAGGGCUUAGCAAAAAUGUGUUUAGUUCCAGCUUUCGCGAUCUUUCUUGCCAGUUCUUUGAGAGUUAUGGAAAGCCGCCAGAGUCCUCCAGUAUCAGGGAAGUAAAACAUUUCACAGAUUUGGUAAGAAAUUUUUUCUUUCCACCAACAAAACUUACUCCUAACAGCCCACCACCGAACCAGAGAGUUUCAGAAAGUAGAUCAAGUAUUCAAUGCCUAUAUACAGCGACAAAGCUUGGCGAGGCAGCGUUGAAAUUCAGGCCAGCUCGGGAAAGAAGUCUGCUUGAAAUAACAUUUCCUGAGAAUAAAUGCUUGGAAAACUGCCCGUGCUUCAACUUGUCAUGGCUCAUAUCUUGCUUACCAUGCUUGAAAACCACAUUCUUGGCAAAAAUGCAACGUUUCUUGGAAGUUCCACCCUUUCUGGUAGACGACAAAACUGAAGGUCUUUUCCGAAACCUCAUGGCCUUGGAGCAGUGUCACUACCCAUCUCAAACUUUCAUCUGCGAUUAUGUUGUGCUGUUGGAUAAUCUCAUCACCACUAAAAAAGACGUCAGUUUGCUUGUUGAAAAGAAGGUUAUUGCUAACGAGCUAGGUAGCAACGCUGCAGUGACGGAUCUAAUCAACAAACUCGGCCUUGAGAUUGAAGAAAAUGCAACCUUUUACUCGGAACUCACUAGAAAGCUUAAUGGAUACUACGAAAACCCUUGGAACCGUCUCGUGGCAACCUUGACAAGUGUGUAUUUCCAUGAUUUCUGGAGAGGAACUGCAACUGUAAUUGGACUCGUUGUCCUGGCUCUCACUAUGUGGAAUUUCAUUAGGCUUGUUAGCAGGUCGCGUUGAAAACUGAAGCAUCCGUGGUUUGUUACGUACGUUUGUUUGGGGGUGCAUCGCAUCUGAACUUUGUAAUCCUGUUUAGCUUGUAAUAUCGGAUUUCGAUCUUCUUAGGUUUUGCCAAACAUCAUUUUGAUGUUGUAAUAAGUCUAUGGCAUUAUGUCAGUAUCGGUACUGGAGAGUCUGUGAUUUAGCAAAAUAAAAUUCUAUGCCCUGUUGUUACCUUUGAA